AUGGCCGCUCCAACCGUCGCCGCAGCAGAGAUGCUCCCUCGCUUCCUUCUCCCGCGCCUCAGCUGGGGUCCUCCGUCGCAAGUUGUACGCCCCUUGGUCUCGAGUCACCAGCGACGCUCCUUUGCCUCCUUCCAGACUGGUUCUGCUGUCCCUCGAUGCUGCGCUCGCCGUGCCGAGAGCCCGAUCCUUAAGAGAGCGUUCCAUGCAACAGCCGUACGACAGCGGGAUCAUCACUUUGACACACUCAAGUUUGUCAAGCGGUUACAGAGCGAGGGGUUCACCGAGGAGCAGUCAGUGGCCAUGAUGAAGGUCUUGAAUGACGUUAUAGAGGAGAGCAUCCAGAAUCUCACCCGUACAAUGGUCCUCCGCGAAGACGCCGCCAAAGCAACCUACACCCAGAAAGUCGACUUUGCCAAGCUGCGCUCCGAGCUCCUCUCGGCCGACAGCACCGAGUCCAACACGACGCGCACAGCGCACGAGCGCCUGACAAACGACAUCGCCAAGCUCAGCAGCCGCCUGCGCGACGAGAUCAGCCGCACCCAGGCCAGCGUGCGCCUUGACCUUAACCUGGAGAAGGGCCGCAUCCGCGAGGAGGCCGUCGGGCAGGAGCUCAAGAUCAAGGAGACCGAGACAAAGAUUGAGCAGGAGGUUGCGGCGCUGAGGGAAAAGUUGGAGCAGGUCAAGUUCCAGACGCUGCAGUGGUUGAUGGGCGUGUGCACCGGUUUCGCGGCGCUGUUGCUGGGUGCUUGGAGAUUGCUCAUGUAA